AUGGAUGGGUUUCACGAAGAGUCCUAUGACGCCUUUUUGAAGUCCGAGCUCGAGAGGCUCUUUGAGAGCCUCGUGCAGCAGCACCAGGCAGUAGUGGAGAAGGUGCGAGCUUCGGAGUCGCCAGCGAAGGCGGCCGCUCAAAGCCCUCAAAGCCCCUCUCGGCUCGGAAGUGCGCUGAGAAAGCGAAGCAAGGAAAGCGAGAUUUCCACAGCGAACGGUGCCCACAGCUCCGUUGCAUCCUUUCCGAAUUCAGAGGCCAGUAGCAGUGGUGGGCCCAUACAUAACUGGGGGCUCCUGACCCGUAACCUGAUCAAGCGACACCACGAAGAGUUCGAAGAGUCCGAGUCAGAAGACGAUCAGCAGAUGUCCUAUGCCAAGGACAUACUGAGCUUGCGGCCGGCAUGGAAAGGUGUGCUGCAUCAAAAUGCUUUGAAGAGGGAGAAGACCAAGACCUUCAACAUGUCGCCACUACACAAACUCCAUCGCAUGCAGGAUUCCGAAACAGAGGAGGGCUGUUUGCAGGCAUUUGUUCGACCGCCGAGCAGCAAGAUUCAAAUCUUGUGGUCGCUCAUCGGGAGCUUGCUGAUCGUCUGGGAUUUGAUCACUAUCCCGCUGGAGCUCUUCGAUGUCCAAAGCCUAAUCAAUUUCCUGGUUCAGGUCGGGAGAUUCUCCUUUGCCUUUUGGGUCGUGGAUGUGCCGCUCCACGCGAUUUUUGGUGUGGAAAUUGACGGUCAUUUGGAGCUUCGCCCACGAGUGCUCAUGAGAAGGUACAUACGGUCGUGGCUUCCUAUCGACGUCCUUGUCCUUUCAAUCGAUGCCGCACUUAUCGUUCUGCAGGAGAUCCAGAACGCACAGCCCGAAGGAAGCCCUGUCCGGUCCGCACGGUACCUUCGAACGCUCCGCUUGCUGCGACUGCUGCGGCUCUUGCGUGUGGCGAAGCUGCAGCAGGAGUUGACUUUGCUGGCCAACAACUUCCUGUCCACCUAUGCGUUCAUGGUCAUGAAGGUGGUCUCGGGUUUGCUCAUGAUCCUGGCUGUCAAUCACAUCCUCGCGUGCUGCUGGUACGGGCUGGGAAGAUGGACCUUGGAAAACGGGCAAAGCUGGCUGAUCAAUGCCGGAAUUGAGGAGGCAGACAUGGCCGACGCGUACGCCGUGUCAAUUCAUUGGGCAUUAACGCAGUUCACACCCGCGACCAACAAUGUUGCGCCAGUCACCGUCGCAGAGAGGUUUUUUGCCGUCUUGGUCAUUCUGCUGGCGAUGGGCACUUUCUCAUCCUUCAUCAGCUCCAUCACGACGACAGUGAGUACCUUGCGCACCGCGCGCGAGGAGCAGUUCAAGAAUCAUUCCUUUCUGGUCCGGUUCUUCAACGAGCGAAAUCUGUCGACGGAGCUCUACGGCAAGGUGAACGAUAUGUUAAAAAAGCAAGGAGCCUACGACAUACGUGUGAAGGAGGCGGAUGUCGAUCUUCUGGUGGGAGUUCCGGAGCGGCUGAAAGUUUACCUCCAUGAAGAGAUGUACCUUGACCGCCUGAUGACUCUCAGCAUUUGGCGAUACUGGAAACACGACGAUGAUGAACUCUUUUUUCGGCAGGUAUGCCACCUCGCGAUGGUAGAGCACAUCGCAACACCAGGUCAAGAUGCUUUCAUGCCUGGCACGGAGUGUACUCAGGUGUACAUAAUCGAGAACGGCUCCAUGGGUUACAUCGCCAGACAGUUGACCUCUUUCGAGUCUGAGCACGUGUUUGCCGGGGAGGUCUUCUGUCUGCCGUGCAUUUGGGCAGAGUGGAACCAUCGAGGCCGUCUCACAGCGAAUACCGGAAAGAUCUGCUACUACAACGGAGUGGACGCGGCGACCUUCGCGAACCUCGUGAAGAAGCACGGGUCUCCUCUCUGGCAGUAUUUGCAGAUUUUUGGCAUACUGUUGAUUGGGGAAGUGGAACACAUGGACGGAGAGGAUAUUUGGGUCACGGACAAGGGUCUUGCAGAUUCAAAGAUGGACGACAUCGCCGCACGAGCUCGGCGCUUUGCCGACAUUGUGAAUGCCAGACAUGCUCAUAAGGGCUCCUUCAUGGCAACCCUCGGUGCGAUUGCCCACACCUCUCACUCGCGAUCAGAAAGCAAAUCUGCAACGGAUGUUGCCUGGCCAGUGGAGCUUUAG